AUGGGGAGUGUAUUUCUGCCACAUUUACAUACAGGCUGGCAUGUCGAUCAAGCUAUAGUUACAGAAACAGAGAGACUAGUGGUGAUUCGAUUCGGUAACGAUGGGGAUCGAGAGUGCAUGAUAAUGGAUGAGCUGUUAUACUCUAUAGCUGAGAAAGUCAAAAACUUUGCAGCAAUCUAUUUAUGCGAUAUUACUGAGGUACCAGACUUUAAUGAGAUCUACGAAUUGCAAGAUCCCCUGACAGUCAUGUUCUUCUACCAGAAUAAGCAUAUGAUGUGUGAUUUUGGGACCGGUAACAACAACAAGAUGAAUUUUUUAGUAGAUGAUAAACAAGAAAUGAUCGAUAUCCUAGAGACCAUAUUCAGAGGAGCCCGUAAAAACAAAGGUUUGGUAAUUUCUCCAUAUGAUUACAACCAUAAACGCGUCUAA